GGGAUUGGGUGGGGGGCGGGGCGGCGGAGGGAUUGCGGCGGCUCCGCAGCCGGGAUAACCUUGAGGUGCCGGCGGCAGAUUCUCUCACAGUCAGGCGCUACGCAUCCUGCAGCUGCCGACUUUUUUGCAUUUGCAGCGGAGCCCGAGCCCUUCGGCGCCAGAGGACCUCAGAAGCCAUGUCAAAACCCCAUAGUGAAGCCGGGACUGCUUUCAUUCAGACCCAGCAGUUGCACGCAGCCAUGGCCGACACAUUUCUGGAGCACAUGUGCCGCCUGGACAUUGACUCGCCACCUAUCACGGCCCGGAACACUGGCAUCAUCUGCACCAUCGGCCCAGCAUCCCGGUCAGUGGACCUGUUGAAGGAGAUGAUUAAGUCUGGAAUGAAUGUGGCUCGUUUGAACUUCUCGCAUGGAACUCACGAGUACCAUGCAGAAACCAUCAAGAACGUGCGCACAGCCACAGAAAGCUUUGCAUCUGACCCCAUCCUCUACCGGCCAGUUGCUGUGGCUCUGGACACGAAAGGACCUGAGAUUCGAACUGGGCUCAUCAAGGGCAGCGGCACUGCGGAGGUGGAGCUGAAGAAAGGAGCCACUCUCAAGAUCACGUUGGACAACGCCUACAUGGAGAAGUGUGAUGAGAACAUCUUAUGGCUGGACUACAAGAACAUCUGCAAAGUGGUGGAGGUGGGCAGCAAGAUCUAUGUGGAUGAUGGACUUAUUUCCCUGCUGGUGAAGCAGAAAGGCGGUGACUUCCUGGUGACAGAGGUGGAAAACGGUGGCUCCUUGGGCAGCAAGAAGGGUGUAAACCUUCCUGGGGCUGCUGUGGACCUACCUGCUGUGUCAGAAAAGGACAUCCAGGACCUGAAGUUUGGGGUAGAGCAGGAUGUAGAUAUGGUGUUUGCAUCUUUCAUCCGCAAGGCAUCUGAUGUCCAUGAAGUCAGGAAGGUCCUAGGAGAGAAAGGAAAGAAUAUCAAGAUAAUCAGCAAAAUUGAGAAUCAUGAGGGAGUUCGGAGGUUCGAUGAGAUCCUGGAGGCCAGUGAUGGUAUCAUGGUGGCUCGUGGUGACCUAGGCAUUGAGAUUCCUGCAGAGAAGGUCUUCCUUGCUCAGAAGAUGAUGAUUGGGCGGUGCAACCGAGCUGGGAAGCCUGUCAUAUGUGCCACACAGAUGCUGGAGAGCAUGAUCAAGAAGCCCCGCCCCACCCGGGCGGAGGGCAGCGAUGUGGCCAAUGCAGUCCUGGAUGGAGCUGACUGCAUCAUGCUGUCUGGAGAAACAGCCAAAGGGGACUACCCUCUGGAAGCUGUUCGCAUGCAGCACCUGAUUGCCCGUGAGGCAGAGGCCGCCAUCUACCACUUGCAAUUAUUUGAGGAACUCCGCCGCCUGGCGCCCAUUACCAGCGACCCCACAGAAGCUGCUGCCGUAGGCGCCGUGGAGGCCUCCUUCAAGUGCUGCAGUGGGGCCAUAAUCGUCCUCACCAAGUCUGGCAGGUCAGCUCACCAGGUGGCCAGAUACCGCCCACGUGCCCCCAUCAUUGCUGUGACACGGAAUCCCCAGACAGCUCGCCAGGCCCACCUGUACCGUGGCAUAUUCCCUGUCUUAUGCAAGGACCCAGUCCAGGAAGCCUGGGCUGAGGAUGUGGACCUCCGGGUGAACUUGGCCAUGAAUGUUGGAAAGGCCAGAGGCUUCUUCAAGUCAGGAGAUGUGGUCAUUGUGCUUACCGGGUGGCGCCCUGGCUCCGGCUUCACCAACACCAUGCGUGUAGUGCCUGUGCCGUGAUGAACCCCAGAGCCCCUCUUUCAGCCCCUGUCCUAUCCCCUUCCCCCACCCGUCCAUUAGGCCAGCAACGCUUGUAGAGCUCACUCUGGGCUAUAGUGUGGCACUGGUGGGCUGGAACACCAGGGAGAAGAUUAAUGCCACUGUGAAACAAGGCUGUUUGUAGACCCUGCUCCGGUGGGGUAGCCCAGAGCCUGGCUUGCCCAUCGUGUGGCCCUACCCAAGCAAGGGACAAAGGAGGAAUGCAAGACUGCAAGCCCCCAGAGCCUAUGGCAAGAGGGCAACAGCUCCCUCUCCUUUCUGUUCUUGGUUUCUCCUUUCUGCGGAAAAUGAUGCCCUGGCCUGGGGUCAGGAGACAGCCAGCAAGAGUAGGGGCCUUAGGGCAUGGGGCAGUGGUUCCAGUUGAAGCAGUCUCUGGCCCUUACCUGCUUCCCCAGUCCCAUGGCCUCCCCUACUCCCACCUUGUGCGCUGUGCUCUUCUGUCCUGCACUCCGCUCACCUUUUGCUGCAGACACGAUUCCACCCUCACUUUCUUCCAUUUUCCCUUCUACUGCAGCUGCCUCUGGGCACGUUGCUAUAGAGCCUACCUGUAUGUCAAUAAACAACAGCUGAAGCA